GUAUGACCUUAGAUUCAACUGUUGACGGUUAGGCUCUGUCACAGACAAAAAUGAAGCCAUCACUGGACUCGGACGAGGAGGAAGAAUUAGGAGCUUAUCAAAAGAAACUGAGAGAGAGAGCAAACCGGAGUAUUCAGCAACUGAGCAGCAUGUUGGCAAACCAGAGCUCUGACGCUGAAGCCUUGGAACAGGGGUGCAGUGAGAACAGCCUGCCGGAAAGCUCAUUGCAAAGUGUACAACAGAGUGAAGCAGCCAAUCAGCUACGUUCUUUGCUUCAGAAACAGUCCAGAGAAGCACAAGUUCAAACUCCUUCCCCUUCAAAGAGGAAAUCUGUUCCCAAGCAGAGGCACACAGAUGAGGAUGGUGGAAGUUUACCUGCAGUUCAAGACUUGGUUCCCAUUAUUCACAAUCAGUCAGAGUACAUCCAGCACCUUGAGGCUGAGGUCAAGUUUUGUAAGGAGGAGCUUCUUACAAUGAAGCAACGGGUCAGAGUGGUGGUUGUGGAGAAUGAGAAACUGCAUGAGGAACUCAAGGCAAAGAUGGUGGAAGACACUUUAAAGGAAUACACUCUCUUGGACGGCACAGUAAAUGGAGAAACCACAGUAGAUAAAAUUACCUCAACACCAGCAGCAAAGUCAAGACUGUCUUCUAACCACCAAAUGGAGGACAACAAGUGGAAAAAAGAGCUGGAGCAGCUGAAGUGUCUCUACCAAGCCCAGACUGAGACUUUAGAAGCUCAAGUUGUUUCAUUGAAGAAGGACUUGGUGAGCUGUCAGAAAGAGUGUGAGGAGGUGAAGGAGCAUCUGAGGCAUAAAGAAACAAUGACGUCUAUGGUGGGCGCUACUCAGCGUGUUGGGGGGUUGUGUGUGAAGUGUGCUCAACAUGAGGCUGUCCUGGCAGAAACUCACACCAAUGUUCAUGUCCAGGCCAUUGAGAGACUCACCAAAGAGCGAGAUGAAUUGAUGACGGCACUGUGCGCUCAGAGGGCCAGUCAGAGUGACACUCAGCAGAGGGAGUGGGCUGCCUAUCAGCAGGUCAAACAGGCUGUGGAGAUGGCAGAGGAGGCUAAUCUGGAGAAGACCAAGGCACUAGUGCAGUGUGAGCAUAUGCAUGCUGAACUGACCAGGCAGAGGGAGAGACUGGAGAAGGAGUUGGCCUCUGAGCAGGAGAAGAUCUCCCAGGCCAGGGAGUCGGCACGCUCUGAAAGCAAGCGAGAGAAAGAGGAGCUCGCCCAGACGGUGACCUCUUUGACCAGGAGAGUGGCUGAGUUAGAGGGGCUUUGGGACCGAGGAGAGCGAGAAAGAAACUCCCUUAACACUCAACUGGAAGAGGCCUUUAAGAAGCUCACAUCACAGGAAGCCGAGAGCAGCAAGGCGUGUGGAGAGCUGCGCUACCAGCUGAGCCAGGCCCAGCUUAAGAGAGAAGAGGCCGAGAGAGAGUUAAGGGACACCAGCUCCAAACUGAGCCGGCAGCUCGAGCUGGCAGAACAGGAAGUGCAGAAGCUGGGUGUGGAGUCGAGCGGCAGCCGGCAGCGUUUGGAGGAGGCCCAGAGGGCGGAAGGCCGAGCACGGGCGGAGGCAGCCGGCCUGGCCGAGGGGCUGAGCCGCGCCCAGCGCCAACUGCACCUCACCAGGCAGGAGAAGGAGGCAGCGGAGCGCUGUUGUGCGGAGGACAUGGCCGCGCUGACCUUCCAGGCGCAGCGGCGCGAGCGCGAGCUGACACACACACUCCAGCAAAUGGAAGCGCAGCACGAGCAUAGUGUUGCAGAAAUGGAUGCCUUGCUGAGCUCUCAGAAUGGCCUCAUAGUGAAGCUAAAGGAGGAGUGUCGCACUCUGGGUUCAAAACUGGAAGAGCUGACCCAGACUAGCAGGGCGGAGGUGGAACAGCUGUCUCUAGAGAAAGAGCACCUGCUGGACACUGUGGAGAAGCUUCGAGGUCGCUGUCAAGAAAUGGAGGAGCAGUGUGUGCAGCAUGGGAGAAUGCACCAGCGCAUGAAACAGAGACUGCAGCAGCUGGACCAGCACUGUCAGUGCAGUGCUCAGCAGGUGCUGGAUCUGCUCGGCAGACAGAAGCAGCUCAUGCAGGAGAGGCAGCUUCUCAGUGAAGAAAUGCAGAACCUCCGCAUUCAGUUACCAGCCGAGAGGAGAGAAGAUUUUCCAACAGUGUGAGGGUGGCUCUCUCUCUCUCUCUCUCUCUCUCUCUCUCUCUCUCUCCCGCCUUUGGAGUUCAUCUGAUCACGAACAGUCUGCCGUCGCUGCCCGUUCGAUCUGAUAAAUCAUCAACAUUUUGCUACAAGUAUAAAGUGGGUGAAUUAGUGCGAGUUUGUGCGUGUGAUGGCUGCAGGGGUCCGAAUGACAUCACCAUUCAUGCUGGGCGCACAGCAGCAAUACUGGCUCCUCGUCACCGACACAAACGCACACGUUCAUCACACCUUCUGCACUCCCUGGAUGCUGCACAAGGAUUCGGUAAAUUACUUCCAUGAGCACCAUGAACUGUUUCUUACUGCAGCAGAUUGACUUGUGGUCUGAUCAUUUUGAUGGUGCUGAUUUUUAUACUUAAUUUAGUAGGCUUUGUAUUUUUAUGGUUUGUAAACAUUCGUACUGUUUUCUAGUUGUCAAUAAAUGAUUUAUAUAUUCUUCUUAUAUA